GUUGUCAAAAAUUGAUGUGUCAUGUCUUGAUGUAAUAUUUUUGUCCCACCACAACAAUAAAAUAGCAAAAAAAUACCCUGAAAAAAAUUAGAGAAAUUUAUAACUGUGCUAGAAAACCUGGAAAAGGCGAAGCAACAUAAUGCACUGGUUUGGAGGGACAAUCGCUGAAGCAGUAACACUGUCGAAACAAAAAAAUGCGAUUUUUGUUGUUUUCGUUGAAGGAGACAAUGACUUGUCAAAGGAAUUAGCAGCAACAAUUGACAAUGGAUUGGUUUUGAAACGAUUAGCUGAUCCCACAAACUUCCUAGCAAUAAAACUGAAGAGUGGAACUGAAAAUUAUACAUAUUUUGCACAAAUUUAUCAAUUUGUGCCUGUACCAUCACUAUUCUUCAUUGGAAAUAAUGGGACACCUUUAGAAGUUGUUUGUGCUGGUGUUGAAGCGCAGAAUCUUGCAGAAAGGAUUGACCGUAUCCUUGAAGUGCACUACCAAGGUAAACCAGUGCAACCAUCUACAUCAAAACAAAAUAUAAAGGAAGAAACUAAGAACUUACUGCAGUCUGAAGCCGCUGCCACUGAAAAGACUGCCACAACACCUAAAGAGAAUGGACCUAAAACAUCAGAAGAAUCUGAAAUCUCUGGACCAGCUGCUAAGAUUCCUAAGACUGUGCAUCAUGAAGUAACCCGUUCGGGGACUGAGUAUGACGUGGUGUGUGAUGGUGAUGUGUGUGUCCGGAAACCAAAGACAGGCCAAGAUACCCCAGGGCCAAGUCAUAGGGAGGAUACCAAUGCUGAAACCACUAUGGAGGUGGAAAACCCAGUUGAAAACAUACCUGAUGUAAAUGCAGAGGAGAAGAUAGAAAGAGCUAAAGAACUCAUCGAAGCAAGACGAAGAGAAAAGGCAGAAAAGGAAAAACAGUUGGAGAGGGAAAAAGAGUUGGAACGAAGAGCGACAGGUCAAGGUGUUGCAGAACUCAAGAGAUGGCAGGCCGAACAAGAGUUCAAGCAGAUACAGGAGGAAAGGAAACGUGAGAAAAUGGAAAAUAAUUUGGCGAGACAGCGUAUAUUAGAGCAGAUAGCUCAAGACCGUGCUGAGAGGAAGGCUAGGGAACAGCCGCAGACGCAAACGGCUACGACGCCGCCUGCGCAAACGCAACUGACCUCUGGAGAUGGCUCUCCCCGCGCGAGAGUCCAAUUCAAGAUGGCGAAUGGCGAAUCUCACACCGCGCAUUUCGAAGCGUCCACUACUGUUGAGGAACUGCAUCAGUAUGUCGCUGAUAACUUGCAGAUGACACGUGCCUCGUUUUCUCUCUGGACGGCGUUUCCUCGUCGCGAAUUGACAGAAAACGAUGCGACUCUGCGCGAUUUACAAUUAAUCCCUUCUGUGGCCUUGCUCGUGCUUCCGAGACGAUCCAACGUCGUGUCUUCUAGUCCUUCGCCAUUUAGUUCUCUUAUUGCAUUUUUCUCACAGCUUUUCUCCUCGAUGGUGUUGGAUCCAUCAUAUCAGCUAUACACGUGGAUUCGGUCGCGUUUGUUUGGGGCAACGAACCCCACACCCACCACGGGAAACGCUUCGCCGGGGAACAUUCCUCCAGGCAACAUUCCACCCAGUAUCAGGCGCAGGGGAAACGUACAUAGACUGACAGGGGACAGGCCAGACGAUGAUAAUAAUACAUGGAAUGGAAAUUCUACACAACAAAUGUAAACGAUGUAUAAGUAUGAACGAUGUAUGAAGAUUUCACAAUUACUAGGUCGUCAUAUAAUUUAUAUUUAAAUAACUGUUUUCUAAGUAAUAUACAGCACAGCCUACAUUUAAAAUAUCUGGCGUACUUAAGAGACAAAUUAUUAUUUAUUCAGUUAUAUUUUAUGAUUUAGUUGAAAUAUUAGAGAAUUAUUCAGUAUGAAAAAUUUAUAUUGAUAUACAUAAUUAAACACCAUUUUUUUUAAUACGCUUCCGAUGUGUGUAAAUCAUUUAAGACAAAAAGAGUGGUAUAUUAGGUCCCGAAAUAUAAACCCGUGAUUAUUUUAAUUCGAUCACAUGUAAUAUAAUUUUGAAUUUAUAAUCUAUAUCGAUAAUUAAAUGUAAAACUAUAUUAGAAACAUUAAAACAGGACUCGAGCCUUAUUCAUAUUCGUUUUCUAGUAUAGUUAUAAAUGAUUGUGAUCUAAUUUAUAGAUAAUAAAUAUGUUUAUAUUGCA